AUGGGUACGGAGCUUGCAGUGACCCUGACGGAGGCGCAUCGACGUACCCAGGUCCAUCCGGGGACGGCACAGCGGAUGGAGACUGGCAUGAGGGGGGUCAAGCCGCGGGAACCAGACGAGGCUAAACUGGUCACGGAGUUAAGGAUGGCAACAGGAGCCCGGGGGGAAGGGAAAGCUGCGAGAAGUGGGCGAGCUGGGAGAACAGUGGGGAGAAUGCGCCGGAUGCGCCGGCAUCAUUGGCAGGCGGGUGCGGAUGGGGGAUCCAGUAGAUCGUCCCAAGUUGAUCCCAGUGAGACUGGCAAUGGUGUCAGACACGCUCAGUCGAGCAGAGCAACAGGGCUCUGCGAAUGCUGGGAUGCUGAUCCGUAUUUUCUGGAUCUUCGGGCAGGUGGGACCCUCGGGGAGAACUGGGCGGUGUAUUGCGAUACCGUACGAUACGUGCUUACCUCACGCUUCUCGCUGAAUGUCACGCCUGGCGUGGAGUCCUCGUCGCUCCUAACCGUUGCGGCCCCUCGCGGCCCCUCCGAAUGCGACAGCAGACAGCGGUCAUCUUCAUUAAACUACCCCGAUGACGCCGUUGCAGGCGCAGAGAUUGCCGUUUCAGCCUACUUUUGA